AUGGCAUAUCAGCAGCGCCCGGCUCAGCGGCCGCCGCCGCUGAGGCAGUAUAACAAUCCGGCUCCCAUGUCGCCUGCGUCGGCGCCGGGGUAUGCGCCUGAUGCCGGAUACGGCGCCGUCCAUGGAGACGCAGGAUAUGACUAUGCGGAAGGAGGAAGCGCUGGAGGGUAUGAAGAUCCAGCGUACAGUUACCAGGCUGGCCCUCCGGGUGCCCCGCCGUAUGGGUCGUCGCAACAACCACGCUCCAUGCGCCCGCCUCCUGGACCUGGCGGUCCAGAUCCAAGGCGACCUCCGCGUGGAUAUGACGACCGGCGCGGGCCCCCGAGUGUUAUGCCCCCGGGAUCAAAACGGCCACAACCUCCGGCCGGCCGCCCUCCCCCAGGUGGCUUCGACAGUCCGUUUCCCGCUGUUUCUGGCGGCAGAGAUCCUCGGGACCGACGCGGUCCUCCCCCUCGAGGUCUAGAAAAAGGCAUGGCUGCGAUGGACAUCAAUGGCCGGGGACCUCCUCCUCCUCGACCGCACACAUCCAACGGACGGCGACCAGAGAUGCGACAGCCGCCCCCACGGGGACCGGCCCCCGGCCGUGGUCGUGGAGGAUACCCCCCCGGCCCCAUGCGUUCAGCGAGUUCAGGACGUCCCGAUCGGCCCGAUCGAGCCUACACAGACCCAAAUGGACCGCCCGUAGGUCCACCGGGCAGAAGCGCGACGAUGCCCCUUGCGACUGGGCCGCCCAUGUAUCCUGGUCAAUCGGCCUAUCAAGAACUGGAUUAUGUGCCCAGUCCCAUGGGUGAGAUGCCGCCGCCUCGUCCCAACACUGCUGGCGCCAUGCGCCCUCCUCGCCGCCCUGCAAACGACAUGAAGGGUGGGUUGACGAUCCCAUCCGAUCCAGGAAGCCGUGUCUCCUACGCACCUAGAGAAUUUCUGGACAGCUACUACGAGGGUACAGAUGAUGAACCUGAUAUGCCCAACUUCGAUGCGAUGCCAUCGCAACAAAAUGGACCAAUUGAUGAGAUGGGCCUUGACACGCCAAAGCCGAUGCGAAGCCCUACCACCCCUUCCUCAUCAUCUGGGGGUCAAUAUGCGGCCUAUACACCCGAUUCAAGCCAAGGUACCCCGCGAUCUCGGUCUCAGCCCGACCUACGGCAACCUAGUGGUCCUAAUCAGUUUGAAAAUGCUGGCUUCCAGUUUGAUAUUCCUCAGGAAGCUCCUCCGCUUCCUGCAAUCCACGCGCAAAAUGGUGUAUACGCACCAAAUGGUCAUGAAGAUCCGGGCUUUUCUCCGAAUGGCUAUGCUCCGUACGCCAACCAAGGGUAUCCCAUGGAUCAGCCGCAAACUCUGGAGGAAAACCCUGAUGCUCUUCCUCACCACCCGGCACCAUUCCGACCAGGUCAUGACCAGGGCGCCAAGCCGGCACCAGUUCGCCAAUACGGUGCAACCCCGACCGCAGCGCCAGCACCAGGCCCGGCUCCUGGACGCGCCCCUGCAGCGCCCCAGCCCACGCCACCAGAUGCCAUGGGACCAACACCGGUCACACAUGAAGAGCUCCAGCAACUGCAGCAGAAAGCACGAGGCAACCCCUCCGAUCAAAAGACGCAGCUUCUGCUCGCCAAGAAGCUGGUCGAGGCCGCCACAGUGCUUGUCGCUGACAACACUCGGCUCGACCCAAAGACCAAAGCCAGAGCCAAGGAGAAAUACAUCAUGGAUGCAUAUAAGAUCGUGAAGAAACUUGCAUCGACCGGAUACCCAGACGCGCAGUUCUACCUGGCAGACUGCUACGGUGAAGGCCAGCUUGGACUGGAAACCGACGCCAAGGAAGCGUUCUCCCUGUAUCAGUCCGCCGCCAAGGCAGGCCACGCACAGUCCGCAUACCGUGUAGCCGUGUGCUGCGAGAUCGGCGCCGAAGAGGGCGGUGGCACCAAGCGCGACCCGUUCAAGGCUGUGCAGUGGUACAAGCGCGCCGCAGCGCUAGGUGACACACCCGCCAUGUACAAGAUGGGUAUGAUCAACUUGAAGGGUCUUCUCGGCCAAGCGCGGAGUCCGCGCGAGGGUGUGUCGUGGCUGAAGCGUGCCGCCGAGCGCGCCGAUGAGGAGAACCCGCACGCUCUACACGAACUGGCACUUAUGUACCAGAAUGCCAGUGGCAACGACAUCAUCGUCCGCGAUGAAGCAUAUGCCGCACAGCUGUUCCACCAAGCUGCAGAUCUCGGCUACAAGUUCUCGCAGUUCCGUCUGGGUACCGCGUACGAGUACGGCUUGAUGGGUUGCCCGGUCGAUAACCGGAUGAGUAUUAUAUGGUAUACUCGUGCUGCCGCUCAGGGCGAGCAUCAGAGCGAGCUUGCUCUCAGUGGUUGGUACCUUACCGGAUCAGAGGGCACUCUCCAGCAGAAUGAUACCGAGGCAUAUCUUUGGGCACGGAAGGCUGCAGCGGCUGGGCUUGCAAAGGCUGAGUAUGCGAUGGGAUACUUUACUGAGGUCGGAAUCGGCGUUACGGCGAACCUGGAAGAUGCGAAGCGGUGGUACUGGCGCGCAGCGGCGCAAGGAUUCCCCAAGGCCCGGGAACGUCUCGAAGACCUCAAGAAGGGCGGCAGCCGCAUGCAAAAGACCCGUCUCUCCCGCUCGGCUGUUAACAAGCAAAGCGACGGAGACUGCAUCGUCAUGUAA